AUGGCUGCGCCCAAGGAAAUCGUUGUUCCUCAUCGUCUGCCAGCUGUUGUAGAACUCGUAGAGCAAGAAAAUACGCAUCUCGGGAACCUCCACCGAGUGAGCACCAGCCAAAGGUCGGACUGCAGACGUGGUCCUGACGCAAGAGCCUGGUUCAGCGAAGACUGCAUGGUGAGGCAGGUAGUUGGCGUUAGCGACAUCAUACUUGGAGGCUGGUUCCAUGUGGCCCAGUCUCCGAUACUCCUCCAUGAAGCCCGCAUAAGAUGUUUGCAAAAAGGAGUCCUUCUCCCAUCUUCGUUCGCCAGCCAGAAACCGUUGAAGAGCGGCACGUCGCGGUACUCCGAUGUCUUCGGGUGUAGCCUUCAGAAAUGGGAGCCGCACCACGUAACGACCUAGUUCAUCACGUGAGUG